AUGGCAGCCGUCUCAGGGGAUCAAAGAGGCUCAAGACAACGACGCCAGCGACAUCACAAGGCACCAUGUAAGAGGAGCCAGAAGCUGGGGGACAAAAUCAUGGCGCUUCAGCAGCUCGUCUCCCCAUAUGGCAAGACCGAUACGGCAUCAGCGCUCCACGAGGCAGCUACCUGCAUCAAGCAUCUCCACGAGCAGAUCCAGGACACGGGGGAGGAAGAUGGCGGCGCGAUGGAUCUGCGCAGGCGAGGCCUGUGCGUGGCGCCGCUGUCCCCGGCCGUCGUGCAGCUCGUGUCUGCCGAGGCCGCGUGCCGCCACUGCGACGCGGCCUUCACGGAGGAUCACUGGCGCUGCCUCGGCACUCUGUAG